AUGGAGGGGAAGAAAAUAUUGUUUGUUGGGGACUCGAUAAGCUUGAAUAUGUGGCAGUCGUUAUUAUGCAUGGUUCAUGCAGCUGUGCCGCAAUCCAAUUAUGCUCUGAAGAGCGUAGGCAACCACUCUAUCUUUUCUCUGCCGGAGUUUAGAAUCUCGUUGGAGUAUUCCCAUAAUGUGUAUCUUGUGGAUAUGGUGAAAGAAGAUAUAGGCGUAGUUUUAAAGCUAGACUCAAUCGUAAAUGGAAAUUACUCAUGGAAAGGAUAUGAUGUUCUCAUCUUUAAUUCAUGGCAUUGGUGGGUUCAUACAUCUAAGGGAAAGAAUCAACCAUGGGAAUUCAUUGAAUCCAAUGGAAAGAUAUAUGAGGAUAUGGAUAGGCUGAUGGCAUUCAAAGAGGCACUAACCACUUGGUCCAAAUGGAUUGAUUCCAAUGUUGAUCCUCUCACUUGUCAAGUGCUUUUUCAGGGCAUCUCUCCAGUCCAUUACGAUGGCAGGGAAUGGAACCGUUCGGUUUCAACGACAUGUAAAGAAGAAAAAACUCCGCUAAACGGAACCACAUAUCCCGGAGGAUUGCCGGCGGCGGUGGGGAUAGUGAAGCAAUUGCUGAAAAGCAUGGUGAAGCCGGUGAGUUUGCUGGAUAUUACAACGCUUUCGCAGCUGAGGAAAGACGGCCAUCCUUCUGUUUAUUAUGGAGAGAGUGGGAACGAUUGUAGCCAUUGGUGCCUUGCUGGACCCCCUGAUGCUUGGAAUGAAAUCCUCUUCGCAUUGCUCUCAAAUUGA